GGGAGUACCUUGUAGGCGUGAAUGUACAAAUUACACCCGCCGACGCGGCGCCAAGCUGAAGCCGCCCGAGAAAUUUCCUAGCCAAAAUCGAGGGGAGGAAACGCAAAACCCUAGCCCCUCUCGCCGCCGGAUUCCUCCGUCCGCAGCGCCCGUCUCCGCCCCCCUCGCCCCAGAGCAGUCCAGGCUUCUCGCUGCGCCGCUCGCUAGGUUCCACCACCAGCCAUGUCUUCUCAGGUUGACAGCCGCAGCCAAUCCGCCGGGAAGCGAGCGCGCACCGACGGCGGACGGCGUGAGGACGACUGGGUCUGCCCCAGCUGUAAGAACGUCAACUUCGCCUUCCGCACCACGUGCAACAUGCGCAACUGCAACCAGUCCAGGCCUUCAGAUCACACGAAGGCUAUGCAGAAGCCUAUGCAGACUCCACCCCAUUACGCCACGUCGGGGGGAUACAUGGGCCCAGGGACGCCGCCUUCGAUGUACCUCGGUGCGGGUGCACCCCCGUAUGCCUCCUCCCUCUUUAGUGGGCCUGCAAUGCCACGGUAUGGUAUUCCCCAGUUCCCUGGGGGUUCUGCGUAUCCAUAUGGCUAUGGUGGACGCAUACCGAUGGGGAGCCCCUACGGGCCGAUGCAUAUGACCGGGCCACCUCCUUAUUCCGGCGGCUCUAUGAUGGGAGCAGGUGGAAUGUACGGAAUGCCCAUGGACAGAUAUGGCUUGGCCUUGUAUGCCGGUCCUGGUGCAAUGGGCAUAAGGGCUGGCUCCUAUUCUGACGAGGGUUCCCAGAAGAAGCCUGCAGGAGCUGGGCACGAUAAUGAUUGGGAAUGUCCAAAUUGUCACAACAUCAACUUUGCCUUUCGUACAGUCUGUAACAUGAGAAAGUGCAACACACCAAGACCUGAAAAUCAGGGGUCCAAACCUGAUGGUUCAAGAGGCUCGAAACCAAAGAUGCCAGAGGGUAGUUGGAAGUGCGAACAGUGCAAUAACAUAAACUAUCCUUUCCGGACAAAAUGCAAUCGUCCUCAUUGUGGAGCAGAAAAGCCAUUGCAGACAAACAAUGCAAAUGAUUCGGCUACAGAUCAGGACAAUCAGGUCUAUUUUCCUGAAUCUUCAGUAUGGUCCUAAACUUCUGUGAUGUCUUUAUUUAGAACAUUAAGUUGCAUGCCGUAUUCGAUAUAGUAGUUGUUUUUAAUUAUUUUCUUGCCUUCAUGUUUGCUUGCACAUAGCUUGAUAUAUCAUGUCCUUACUGUUACAGUGAGUCCUAGAACAGUUAUGCGGGUCAAGAAGGUCCAGCGUCAUCAUCAAGGUUCAGUCUGAAUGUGUGGGGUCCAUCUGUGUCGAGUAGUCGCUGCUGUUGUUACAAGUUUCUUCGUCUUGAGACCUUAGUUGAGUCGGCGUCCUAAUGGUAAACGCGUUGGAGUUGACAAUGGAGUCUUGCGAUUCCUAAUUCAGAUUUUGAUCAAGAACAUCCAUUUGUUAAUUUGUCAUAUCCUGCUGAACUUGGUUACUUGUUUUUGUUACUGAUACUCGGGAAAAUGUCAUCUGUUAUGUGAAUUUCUCGCUGGCUGUCUGUCUUAGAUUGUCACUCGUCAGCUAUGAAGUAUCACUGCUGCUAAUCAUGUUUUCUCGGUUGGUUUUGUUAAGGCUGUGUUUCUGGUCUUUGUUUUCGAUUUGUGUCUGGUUUGGUAUUUGGUAUUUUAUUGUUUUUUUUCUGAAUGGCCAGUGAGGCGACCUUUUUACCUUCCAAAAGAAAAUUGUUACGCUUUUUAGCAAUUUAGCAUUUAGUCCUGGUAGGUUCUCUUUACCCAGGGGUAUUCCCUUCACAAUUUAUAUCUGCAUGGUGCUGUACUAAAAUAUGUUUAGGAAAGCAUCUUUCCCUGGUGGUUUCAUUUACUUGUAGUAACAGUUAGGUCUGAGAAACAAGUCAACAAUUCGCAUCGGUUGUCAUUAGAUUUAUAGUUGUGUCAGUGUUUUGUUAUAUUUUUUCUGUCGUCUGGCCCAAACUCAAAAUUUUGAUUUACCUGAACACGGUGUACUACCUCCUUAUGUCAACCUACCUUAACAUUUCUAUGGGGCUAUUCCAAUUUUCAUUAGGACUCUGAACACUUGCUUGAUUUAUCAUUCUAUUCAUUCAUGUGAUGCAAGCUGUGGUCCACAUGUGAAUGCCAUUCGUAAUGGAGAACAUGUGCGAAUGCUUGUGUGCCUUUGAAUGGUAAUGUAAAAUAAGCAUGUUGUUAAACUCUCUAGAGCUCGCCAAAUCUUGAUAUGUGCAUAACUGCAUAUGUUAAUUUUAUCAUGUUUUAUGUUCUCUGGAGCUUAGCAUAUUCAAGUUUUACCAAUCUCAUGUGUUUGGUUCAAAGAGAGGCUCCAUGGUGAAACAGCGACUCCAUGUGCAUCAUCACAUUGUAUUAGUUUUUGUCAUGUUACAUUACAAAGCUUUUAUCAAAGCUGCGACUACCACAUGAAUUUCAAGACAGCAGUGAGCAGACAGAGACGGAUCUUCGUGGUUAUGCUGCUGGAGUACCAGCAAGUUCUCACACCUUGCGAAUGGCAGCAUUCAGUGAGUUGAUGUGCUACCAUUCAUUUGCAUAAGGGUGAGAAAUUCGCGCCGGUGGAUAUCUUCUGUAAUGAGCAACUGAUAGCCAGCGUUGGCAAAGAAAUUGUAAAUGGUAAGAGCUUUGUGACGGUCAGGGGCCAGACUCUUGAUGUAACCAUUUUAAUAUUUAUUUGGAGUGGAUACUUUCUCGUUU